AUGAAAAUUGUAACUGAUUUUGGAAAAUGCUAUAAAAUACUUGUCAAAGAAUUUAUUAUGAACAUCUCCAAGGAGUGUGGCAACAAGAGGAGCAAGGAGUUUAGAAAAGUGUAUGUCAGAGGAAGAUGUGUGGAUUUUUAUCCUGAAGUAAUCAACAAGUUCUUGGAAAUAAAUGAAGAAGAACAAACUGAAAUUGAAGUCUCUGACAAUUUCAUUUGCAGAGAGAUUACUGCUAAGCAUGUGAAGGAAUGGCCAAGGAAAGGGAAACUGUCUGCUAGUGCCUUGAGUGUUAAGUAUGUUGUUCUCCAUAAAAUUGGAGUUACAAAUUGGGUUCCAACUAAUCACAACUCCAAUAUAGCUACUGGACUAGCUUUUCCAUCAUUGAUUUGUGGGGUUAUCCUGAGUCAACACCCUAGUAUCUUAAUCAACUCUGACAGUACAUGCAAAAGGGACCCUCCUCUCUCAUUGCACUAUAAGGUGUUCGUUAGGAAACAUGUCCUAAACAUUGUCAUGACAUUUGGACAGACACCUUCCAGACCUACUAAUAGAACAAGCAUCCUAGUUGAGCUUAAAGAUACCUGCAAGACCUUGGAUGAAACUAUAAAAAGUUAUACUGAAAGAAAAAGAAAGAUUGAAAUGUUGAUCAAGGCUCUGUCUGAAGAAGAAGGAGGUUUGAAAGGUGAUGGAACAGAUGAAGAAGAGGAAAAUGAAGAUGGGUCUGAUGCAAGUGAUGAUGAAGAUGCUACCAGUAGUGAUGAGGAUUAA